GCGCGCAGCAUGCAGUGCAUAUGAAUGAUAUGUAGACUGCAGUCCUGGAACGAGAACUUGGAGAAGUUGUACUCAGAAUUAGAAAUGAUCGACAAGAUAAGAUCACCUGAUGGUGAGAAGUACUCUGUUUUGCGGUCAGCUUGAAAAAUGAGGUGCGACUUCACUCAUGCUUAAGUUCAGUGUUUAGCUUCAUACUCAAGCCUGCCUACUUCAGUUCAGUCAGCAUUCAUUCCCGGGAACUCCACACACAACUAUGAUUGCCGGUGAAGGAUAUCCACCUUCCCAUUCCGACCGUCCGUCACACGAGGUGCGUCACCUCAUCACCAGAUCCAGCAGGCACAGUGGGCAUGCCAUGACGGCCCCAGUAGUGACUAGUCUACCCAGAUAGUUGUUAGCCCUCCUCUUGACGUCAGCUUGCCUUGUUCUCUGGUUCUGAGGACUGAAAAGCAGAUUGGCUGAAUGCACAGUACAUGGCUCAGCUACAGCAAACACCUGUGGAAUUGGAGGAGGCCCACACGAUGGACGCUUCAGCACCGAGCAAGGGAGGGGCCCAGGCUGGCUCGACCCAUGCGGCUGGGGGGUCGGUAGCAGCCUCCGAAGAAGCCCCGAGAGCGCUGGAUGCCAACAAGCAAAACGGGCAGAACGGUGUGUCAUCAAGGUGGAUAAUGGCUUCGGAUUUUAUCGCUGGGUGUGUUGGAGGGGCUGCAGGCGUGCUGGUUGGGCAACCGUUUGACACUGUGAAGGUAAGACUUCAGGCUCAGACGUUAGCCAACACGCGUUACCGCGGCGUCAUGCACUGCUUCUACACAAUUGCCAGACAAGAAAGUGUCUUUGGCUUAUACAAGGGCAUGGCGUCGCCAUUGGCCGGGCUAGCUUUCAUCAACACCAUUGUCUUUGGAAUACAGGGUAACAUGAUGCGCCAGAUUGAAAACCAAACUCCGUUCAGCCACUUCUGCUGCGGGGCGGUGGCCGGCUCCGUCCAGUCGGUCAUAGCGGGACCCAUGGAACUAGCCAAGAUACGCAUGCAAAUGGAAGGCAUCGGCGAGGACCGACAGCACCAGACUAAGACCCACUACAAAGGUUCCCUAGAUGCACUUCGGACAAUCUACCACGACGAGGGAAUCCGUGGUUGUUACCGAGGAUUCACUCUGACUCUACUACGAGACGCCCCCGGUUUUGCCAUCUACUUCAUGUCGUACGAUGUACUGUGUAGGAAUAUUGGUAAUCUAAGCAAGGACAACGAGAUCGGCAUUGGUGGGCUGCUAAUGGCUGGGGGACUCAGUGGAAUGAUAUCAUGGUGCGUGUCCUUUGCUGCCGACGUGAUGAAGACGCGGAUACAAGCGGACGGCGUAGAGGGCGCCAAAUCCUGCCAGUACACGGGAACGAUAGACAUGAUCAAGAAGAGUUACCACAGCGAAGGAAUCAUGGUGUUCACUAAAGGACUUGGGGCUUCACUGUUGCGGGCAUUUCCAGUCAACGCAGCCACAUUCACCGUUGUGACCCUCAUGCUUUCCUUCAUACAGGGAGAUGAUCAGACCGUUUAACCGGACGCACACCGAGCAUCUGUUACAGUCAAACAGAGUGAUCACAGCAGGUGUUUAAAAGAAGAAUGAAAGUUGGUGUAGAGUUUGUCAUGCAGAAAUCUUAGUGCAGUAAAAAUUGUUAGAAAUCUUUUAUAGUUUGGCACAGAACAUAUCGUAUACCACGUACGUACAUGUACAUACACUGUAAAUUGCAUACUGUCAUGACCACUGUACUGGUAGAUACAUUGUACGGAUAUAUUUUAAUGCUGUUCCAGUCUGUCUGCAUCGCUCAAAACUCAAUUCAGAUUCCAAAUUCAAAUUCAUUCAGGUUUUUGCAUAGAUCUUUGUUUAUCUUAAUUCUAGCGUUCAUGGGCAAACAGAUAAAAUCUCUCACUCAGUCUGGUACUUCACUGCAUCACUCAAUGUCAUCCGAAACUAUGCACUUCUUCAACCUUGCAAACAAUAAUUGUGUUUCUUGCUGCCCUUUAAAAAAACACCUUACUUUUUGGUUUUGUUUUGUUUUUUUUCUUCAGAAAAGGACCUUUAGAACAGUAGAUGUAGCUGGCAACCUUUCUUAGUUAGUAAAUUAGAAUGGAUAGGUUCUAUACGAAUGCAACUCCAUACAUACACCGUAUUUUAUUUAGAGUUACCUACGGUACAUGAAGUGUUGAUUUAUUUGAUAUCUUGGGGUUUUUUUUAUCUUUAAUGUAAUUUUUAAGUUUAAAACUGAAAUUCAAAACCUUUCAAAUUUUGUUCUCUUCAUGUUAAGC